AUUCAGCAUGUCCAGUCAUUCAUCACGCCCCUCCACGUGCUCUACGCUCUGGUUCAGAUGGUGUAUUCAGUUGUGGCUCCUCUGACACUGCUGCUCUGGUGGAUGGGUGUUUCCACCGCACAAGCCAGAGCAUGGCUGCAUCAGCAUGCCUUACCUCUAAAGGAUGGAUUGAAGAACCUUAGAGCUUCAACCACAUCAUUCAUGUCGGUGACAACAGGGGAAGCAAUGAAAGCCGAAUUGGCAGCAUUGAAGGGUGAGGUAGAAGAACUAAAGAAGGAGGAUGCUAAACAUAUGGAGCGCACAAGUGGGCUGGAAGAAUCCUCCGACCAGUGUUUGGCGGAAAUGAUACACACAUGGGAG